ACGAAACGGGAAGAAACUGGCAUUCCACACUCCACGAGAAAAGUGGAAAUUUUAAACUCGAACUGUUUUUCUCUCAUCAGUGAAAAGAGUACAGUCGAAAAGCAAGUCACGGUACAUCACCUCGAAACAUCGCUCUCAAGUCAGAGAGAGGGGUAAACACGUUCGGUUGUGGUUGGAGAGCCUAGGGCAAACGGAGGCGAACGCGUUUGCUUUUGAGACCAGUUGAAAAACUUCGACCAAGAAUAAUCGAUUUUGGUAUUCAAAGAGCAAAGAUGAACGGUUCGCACAACAUGACAGAGGAGUGUAACCAAUCAUCCAGCAACCACUUUCUCCUUGAACAACCAUCGCCAUUCGACAUCUUCGUCGGCAUACUCAUGAUACUCAUCAUAAUCAUCUCACUACUGGGCAAUCUUUUGAUCUUGUACGCCUUCGUGACAAGUCCCAAGUUGAGAAUCGUGAACAACUACUUCAUAAUGAACUUGGCGCUCUCCGAUAUCUUGACCACGUGUUUAGUGAUACCUUUCGAUGUUGACAUGACGCUUCACGUGCUAAGCAGUUGGAGCUAUGGCCAUGCUAUGUGUAAAGUAUGGACCACAGCGUACACGAUUUCUGUUCCCACCUCCAUCUUCACUCUUUGCGUCGUCAGCAUCGAUCGAUACUACGCGAUCUCAAAUCCCCUUGGAUAUAGAGCGGGUGUAACGUUGAGCAAGAAGAAAGCAAUGUUCUUUAUUCUAAGUGUCUGGGGCCUGAGCUUGUUCAUGGCUUUCCUGCCCGAUGCGGUUGGACCACUAUUCAACAAAACUUUAUCACGUGACUUGCCGCCCGAGUGCACCAAAACGUACGUCUGCACCUUCGACAUGUCGCCUGGUUACUCCGUUGUGAUAACCAUCAUAGCAUUCUUCCUACCAUCUAUCGUCAUGGCAACAUUGUACGCAAGAAUGUAUUUCAUCAUUACCUUCAAGAGAUGCGUGUACGACGCGAGACAACAAGAUGAACAAGUGCUACGUUCAAAAUGGCGACGGCUCGGGAGCAUGAGCGGAUCUAGGAUAAGUAGAGUUUGGCAAGAUGGAAACAGGAAAUCUUUUUCCAACGUUGAAAAUCAUAAUGCAAGAGAAAAUCGAAUGGAAGCAAAAAGAAUGUUUCGGCUGGAUGAAAUAAUCGUGAAUGGAAAUCUACAAAAACAUUUCGAUCAAAAUGAAAACAUUUCAACACCAAGAAAAAAAUCUGACGAAUCGAAAUAUUGUGCAAACGGCUUCACGUUGGGAAAUGAAAAAGGUCUUGCAGACAUGAUGAAAUUUCCCAGAAAAACGAGUGUGUGCGACGAAUUCGGGAUCAUAGCCGAGGAAAGCCCGAAGCCUGGUAACUACAAACAAAAGAAAAACACGAGCAUGGAUUAUGAGAACCACGAUGAAAUCAAAAUGGACGAAGCAAUAUUGGGUAGGACUGUGAUUAUCAACCCUUGUGCCGAAAAUGUUUCUAAUGAAAGCACAGCCACGCAAGGCUCUGCGCAAGGCAACUCUAAAGAUAUUUCAAGCAAACGAAAGGGCGAAAAACUUCCCAGUAAAAUUCAAGGAACACAAAAGAUCAUAAAUGAAAACACCGAGGUUAACAUUGACCGUGAAAUUGACGACAGCGGAAAAAAUUCAAAGAAAACUGACAAUGAGGUAAAUGAGCGCGAAAAUUGUAACGUUGAAGCAAAUUGCCGCGAAAGCAAGCCAACCGAAAUAUCAAACGAAAGAAAUAAGCCUCUAAGCAGCAGCGUAAAUGCGGAAACAGUUGAAAUCCCACACAGCCAACCUAAGAUGAACGGAUCAAAUGCCACAAAGAUGAAUAAAAAAAGCUUUGAAAAUAUGGAAGCCCUGACUAUCGUAAAUCUUACCGAGGUCACGAAGAAUGACAGCGUAAGAAAAAGGAAUGAUCAAAUAUCAAAUGACGAGCAAAGAAAAAAUAUGGAAAAGAAAAUAGACUUCGCAUCGUGGAAGCAUUUCCAUGAAAUAUCCAAAAGAAAAGUGGAAAGAACGAAAAGUGAGACGAAAUCGAGGUUGUCGUCGACGAAUUCCACGGAAAACAGGCCAAGCCAUUCGUUACACCAGACCAAACUGGCACGAAACAUCUCGGUGAUUGUGUUGGUUCAGCUGGCGUGUUGGUAUCCCUACUGCGUGUCCAGUAUUGUGUACAACUUGUGUCAUGGCUGCACGCAUAUCAGCUCAGCAUUUCAGUAUCUGUUGCUCGCGAUUGGCUACUUGAGCUGCGCCAUCAAUCCGUUUCUGUAUGCGUACCAACAGCAAUCGUUCCGACAGGUUUUCAAACGAAUGAUCAAAAAAUUGAGAUUAAAACACUAAGGUAUCCAGGAUUUUCACACGAAUGACCGACACACUUAAAUAGCGAGGUUUUCAAACAAACAAUUAACACACUAGUGUAUCGAGGUUUUCGCGCGAAAGAGGUUUUUAAACGAACGACCAACAAACUAAAGUAUCACAUCGAGUAGUCAGAGUAACUUCAAGUCAUAAACGAGAUUGAGAAGACGAGCAAAAACAAGAGCUCGUCAAUGUAAUUUUAUCUCAUAUAGCAAUGUUGUAUUUUCUAGUUGUAUUCUAGCUACGUAUUCAAAAAUAGAAAUAAACGAAGAUGUUUAAAA